GAAGCAGCCAUGGCGGAGCAGGAGCAGCAACAGAGUAAAUGGCGGCUACACAGUGGGCAAUAUCUCGGCGAAAUAUCGGCUCUUUGUUUUCUUCACUUACCCUCUCACUUCUCUUCUCUUCCUUAUCUCCUUGCCGGCACAGGCUCGCAGCUGUUGCUUUAUAAUUUAGAAGAGGUUAACAUAAUAGAAUCGUUUCAAGUGUUUCAAGGAAUUCGUGUGCAUGGAAUCACUUGUGAAUCCAUUGAUAAUUCAAAAGGAUCAUCUUCUUCUACAUUACUUGCUUCCAAAGUUGCUAUCUUUGGUGAAAAAAGAGUGAAACUGUUUAACUUACAUAUUGCCCGAAAUGCAUCACAUAUGCAUGUGGAUUUAGCUUUAGUUCAUUCCUUGCCCAAGUUUAAUCAUUGGCUGUUAGAUGUUUCUUUCGUAAAGAAUAAGGAGGAAAACGAUUGCCUGGGCAUUGGAUGUGGCGAUAACUCAGUUUGUAUCUGGGAUAUCUCAAGCUCUAGUAUAAUUCUUCAGGUUCAAUCUCCAGAAAAGUGCCUUUUGUAUUCCAUGCGGCUGUGGGGAUAUAAUCUUGAAUCUCUACGAAUUGCUUCUGGCACCAUUUUCAAUGAGAUCAGUAUUUGGAAAGUUGUUCCUCAUGAAGGUUCUCUAACAUUGAGAAGUGCCCUGGGUGAUGACAAGCGUCUAAACAAUUCGUCUUCCACCCAGCUGCAUUGCCAGCAGUAUAAAGCAGUCCAUAUAAGCAGACUUGUUGGACAUGAAGGUUCAAUAUUUCGCCUAGCAUGGUCUUCUGAUGGAUCCAAACUGGUUUCAGUCUCUGAUGAUCGCAGUGCUCGUAUCUGGGCAGUUGAAGCUGAGCAAAAUGAUCCUGAUAAUCAAGUGAUGGAGACUGCUGGCACUAUAUUAUUUGGUCAUACUGCUAGAGUUUGGGACUGCUGUAUCUUUGAUUCUUUAAUUGUUACUGCUGGUGAAGAUUGUACAUGCCGUGUAUGGGGAUUGGACGGUAAGCAGCACAGGAUGAUCAAGGAGCAUAUAGGACGAGGUGUAUGGAGAUGUUUGUAUGAUCAGAACUCUUCCCUUCUUCUUACUGCCGGUUUUGACUCUGCAGUAAAAGUGCAUCAACUGCCUGCUUCUUUCCCCCAGAGCUUGGAUGGACGAAGUGAGAGAGAAGAGUUCAUUGACAGAAUACAGAUAUUUACUAGUCGAAUUCCAAAUUCAUAUGAGCCUACUGGUUUUAUGGAUAGUAAAAGUGAAUAUGUACGCUGCUUGCAUUUCACAUGUAAAGAUACUCUCUAUAUUGCUACAAACCACGGUUAUCUUUAUCAUGCUAAAUUGUUUCAGACCCAGGAAGUAAAAUGGACUAAACUUGUCCAGGUCAGCGAAAAGGUACCAAUAGUCUGUAUGGACUUACUGUCCAAGAACUUGCCCAGGCAUUCCUAUGGUGUUGAUGACUGGGUUGCUUUGGGAGAUGGUAAAGGAAAUUUGACAAUUGUUAGAGUUGCGGGCGUUGUUUGUACUCUUGAUAACAACUUCACUAUUACAUGGUCAGCUGAAAAAGAAAGACAACUGUUGGGAACCUAUUGGUGCAAGGCAUUGGGAAAUAGGUUCAUCUUUACUGCUGAUCCUAGAGGAGUUUUGAAGAUUUGGAAGUUACCUGAUCCUUUACUCCCUGUUCCUCACAUUUCUGCCAGAAUGUUUGAUGUGUCCCUUGUAGCGGAAUUCUCAUCAUGUUUUGGGAAUCGGAUAAUGUGUUUAGAUGCAUCCUCCAGCAAUGAGGUUCUGGUUUGUGGGGAUCUUCGUGGUAAUCUUGUUCUAUAUCCUUUAACAAAGGGCUUGUUGCUGGACUCACCUGCUGGAACAGUAACAAAAAUAUCUCCUCUGAGUUACUUUAAAGGAGCUCAUGGAAUAUCAAGUGUAUCCAGCAUUUCUGUGUCUACAUUAAGCUCCAGUGAAACUGAAAUAUGCUCGACUGGAGCAGAUGGUUGCAUAUGCUAUUUCGAAUAUGACCAAGAUCAAAAAAGUCUGGAGUUCAUAGGGAUGAAACAAGUGAAAGAACUGAGUCUGAUUCAAUCUGUCUCUGCCAAUAACAACUCUCUUUAUGAUUCAGCAAACUCUGGCUAUGCAAUUGGAUUUGCAUCAACAGAUUUUAUAAUCUGGAACUUAACAACUGAGGCAAAGGUUCUGCAAAUUCCAUGUGGUGGAUGGCGACGUCCUCAUUCUUAUUAUCUUGGUGAUAUACCAGAGAUGGACACCUGUUUUGCAUAUGUCAAGGAUGAGAUAAUAUAUAUUCAUCGACAAUGGAUACUGGAAAGUGAGAGGAAGAUAUUUCCCCACCAUAUGCAUGUCCAAUUUCAUGGGAGAGAGCUGCAUACCUUAUGUUUUAUAUCUAACAAUGACGCCAACGAAGAAAAUGGGAAGGAUAGCCUUUUUGAUAAAUCUAGUUGGAUUGCUACUGGGUGUGAAGAUGGAACUGUUAGGUUGACUAGGUAUAAUCCUGGAGUCGAGAGCUGGACUACAUCGAAAUUGCUUGGGGAGCAUGUGGGAGGAUCAGCAGUGAGGUCAAUAUGCUUUGUGUCAAAGAUGCACUUUAUUCCUUCAGAUAUGACCAAUAUGUCCGACUGGAGAUAUAAACUAAAUGCCUUUGAAGAGAACUGUGGGAAUCCACUUCUACUGAUCUCUGUUGGCGCAAAGCGGGUUCUAACAUCGUGGCUACUGAGAGAUAAGAGGCUAGACAAGAAGGGGGACCCACUUGUUAAACAAGAAGAUAAAAAUGGAAAUGGGUACAUGCCUUGUAUGGGUAUAUCUUCAUCAAUGUCAUUCAAAUGGCUUUCCACUGACAUGCCUGCCAAAAUAUCCAGUGCUCAUAGAAAAACAAAAAAUAGGAGGAAAAUAGGAGGAAAUACUAAAAACGUUGCUAGCAUGGAACCUGAUACAAAAUUUAGAUCUCUUAUACAAGAAAAGGGAGAGACAGAGUCAAAAGGUUGUCUUGAUGAUAACGAUGAAGAUGAUUGGAGAUACCUGGCGGUCACUGCUUUUCAUGUGAAGUGUACUGGUUCCAAGUUGACUGUCUGUUUUAUCGUUGUUGCCUGUUCAGAUGCUACUCUUGCAUUACGGGCUCUUGUUUUGCCACAUCGAUUAUGGUUUGAUGUUGCUUUAUUGGUUCCUUUAUCGUCACCAGUUUUGGCAUUGCAGCAUGUCAUAAUUCCUGCUCAUCUGCUUUCUGGAGAAACCACUUAUAUUGGAAACGCAUACAUUGUGAUAAGUGGAGCAACUGAUGGAAGCAUUGCGUUUUGGGAUCUAACUGAAAGCAUUGAAUCUUUUCUGAGGCAGCUGUCAACCCUUGACACAGAAAAACUCAUACAUUGUCAGACACGGCCGCGCACAGGGAGAGGAAGUCAGGGGGGAAGAAGGUGGAAAUCAUUAAAAAGCAAUAUAUCUAAGAAAAAACCAGCUGAUAGUUUAGUUUCUUCUAAAGCUGGAAAGAAAACUAGCUACAAUUUGGUUAACGAUGCAAGUGAUGCUGAAAGCUGCAGAACAGAUUGUGCGCAAGCUAUGCAUAAUGUUUCUCUGGAGCCAGAAGUGAAUAGUGUUGAUCCCAUGCGUGAGAUAUGUGAAAUACACCCUUUGCAUGUUCUCUGUAAUGUUCACCAAUCUGGUGUGAAUUGCCUCCAUGUCUCGGACAUACAGGACUCAAGGAAUUCUGACUCUGGUUUUUUGUUCUGUGUGAUAAGCGGGGGUGACGAUCAAGCCCUUCACUGUCUCAAAUUCAAUAAAUCAUUGUUAUCAACACACGAGGAUUCUGAGAUUGUCACACCAGACACCGUAAAUAUUAUUGCUAAAUCUGAAAGUAGUAAGAAUUCUAUUCUUGUUACUGAAUGCCAGAUCAAGAAGUAUGGAAUUAGAUUGUCAUAUCAUGACAGAGUCACCUCAGCUCAUAGUUCUGCCAUAAAAGGUGUUUGGACGGAUGGCACAUGGGUGUUCUCUACUGGGCUUGACCAGCGUGUCAGAUGCUGGCUUCUUAAGGAGCACCGUAAAUUGACCGAGCAAACUCAUUUAAUCAUCAGCGUACCAGAGCCAGAAACAUUACAUGCUAGAGCCUGUGAAAGGAACCGUUAUGAAAUUGCGGUGGCUGGAAGAGGGAUGCAAAUGAUUGAGUUUUUGGCAUCCUAAUGAUAGAUGGACAAUAAGGCAUGUUUGAACUUCAGUUGCAAAGCUAUAGAGAUUGGGGGUUGCUACAGGUUGAACAACUUUGCCUUUCGGCUCGACCUGGACUGACUCUGCAACUUUAUUGACAAUUCUUAGGAUGAUUACAGUUAUGUCCACAAUCGGGUUUCCUCCUGUCCUUCGGGCUCUAGAUUGAUUUUGGAUGUAAAUGUUAUUUAAGGUGUUCUUUUCUUUUCUUCUUUUUGUGUAAUAGUAUUGUAACUUCAGAAACCCUGAUUUUAUGUACUGCGAGCACGAAGAAAUUGAUUAACUUUUUGUCAUUAAUAUACAAUUUCGUUACAUCACAAAA